AUGGCGGAUUAUGCCUUGGACAAUGGAUUAGGCUUGGCUUUGACUGGAGAAUCAGUCCAAAAAGAAAACUUCUCAGAAGACGGACAAGAUACAGACACACAAGAUACAGCAGACCCAAAGCACGUAGAAGAUGAUUCAGAUGAUUCAGACGACAGUGUCACGUCGUGGGGAGAUGGAGGAGACAUCGAUGCCCCUUACCAAGUCUAUUUAGACAAGAUACGUCAUACCAUAAACCAUAUCAACGCUAUGCUCAAAGCAGAGCUGGAUGA